AGCAAAACUGUUUUGAGAUUGUAACUCAGGAGGAAGAGUGGGUCGUUUACCUAUCAGUAUCUGCACAAACAAUAAUAACACAAAGCUAGCGAAGAUCCUAGAGUGACAUCAAAGCUGAGUGCAUGCAGACCUGAGCCCAGCAGCCAGAGCCUGAACUUCAACAGAGCAAAACGUGGUGACCACGCAGAACUAACUAGCUGUGCAACAAAGCCCACCUGAGUGUGUGUGAGUGAGCGUGUGUGCGUGCACUUAUAUGUAUAUGUGUGCGUGAGGUCAUGUCGGGCAUGACUAGUGGCGUGUGUGUGGAGAGUGACCUCUCCUCGAUGCUCCAGAGAAGCUCAGCCCCCUCGCACCAUCACCCGAAUCACCAUGGCUACGGCGGACAGGGACAGGUGUCAGGCCUGGCUCCCAUGCUGGACUACACCACAGAGAUGGAUCGUUACCGCUCCUCCAUCGCCAGCUUCUACAAGACCAACGUCAACAUGAACAUGAACGUUACAAACUUCCCUCAGUCAGCCAAACUGGCCGCCCGCUUGGCUGCGGCCGCCCCCAUCUUCCCUCCCACCGCUGCCAGGCUUGGGGCUAUGGCGACGACGCCCUGGGGUUGCCACGACAACAUGAACAUGAACAUGAACCACCCAGCGGCAAUGUUCUGGGGGCGACCUAAACCCGUGGCGGCCACGCCGACGCACCACCCCCACCACCAUCAUCACCCCUCUGCGACGCCGGGUCACAUGACCUCCUCGCACCCCCACAGUACCAGCAUGCAUCAGAGCAGCAGCAGUGGGUCGGGAGGGGGAGGAGGUGGUGGGAGCAGUGACGGUGGAGGGGCUGAAAAACACGGACACACUGCCUCACUUCCUGUUUCACAGGGAACGGCACACCAUCACGCCAUGGCAUCAAGCAACGGGAACUUCCUUCCUGGAUACAGUGGCGGAACAGACUGCGGCGUCAUGAACAAGCAGGGACACACCCACGCGGACAUGAUGGGCCUAUCAGAGGGUGGCAGCUGCAACGGGGGAGGGGUUAUGGGUGGCAGCUUCCUGGGGGGGCUGGGACUACCUCCCGGGGUCAUUGUUAUGGCAAUGGGGUCAGCAGGGGGCGGGAUCUCAGACGCUAGCAGCGCCUUUCAGAUGACAGGCGGCCAGCGGGCACUAACAGACUGCCAGCAGCAUGCCAACUCCUCCCCCUGCCCCUCCUCCUCCUCGCCCUCAUCAUCGGGCGUGACAGCGGCGGGCGUUUCCCUGUCGUCAUCAUCAUCUUCAUCAUCCGGGACGGUGGCUAAAAGAAAGAGGAAGCGGUGUGGCGUGUGCGGGCCGUGCAGGCGGCUCAUCAACUGUGGCGUCUGCUCAUCGUGCCGCAACAGGAAGACGGGUCACCAGAUCUGCAAGUUCAGGAAGUGCGAGGAGCUGAAGAAGAAGCCGGGGGGAGGAGGGGGGGUGCUGGAGCGGCCUCCCUCUGUCCCAGCCAGUGAGGCAUUUCGUUGGUUCUUCUAGCCUUCCCUCCGCCAACAGAGCCAAAAUCUGGAGGCCUAGCAGGAAGUCACCAUCAUAUGGACUGCAAAAUCAGCAAAAGGACUACAACCUCUAGAACUGAAAUCGAUUCUCUGCGACAGGAUUACAAUUUCAUACUGUAUGGAUGACAGUUUGAGACUACAAAUCCCACCUCAGCUGGAACAGGGAGCAGCUAGACAGAAGGAGAGGAAGAGGGGGCAGUUUGGUCACAGGCAACCGGACUUGGCCAAUUGAUGUGGUGAUGCCAUAAUUGCAUGUUUUUCGCAAGAUUGUGUAAAGGGUCUCAGCCUUAUAGGUAGGGUAAGGAUCUUGGAUGCUGCUCUUUUGCAUCAAAAGCAGCCAGCUGUGGUGGUUUGAGCAUCUAAUCAGAGAUUCCCUCUGAGUACCGUCCUUUGGAAGUUUCCAGUACAAUCCAAGCUUGAAGGAGCCAUGCAGAUUGUAGAUCCCAUUUCAGCCAAGAGAAAAUUGGGAACUCCCAUGGGUAACUGAAAAAUGUUGCAGACACUGGGAGAAUAAUACCCUGCAUAGUUUGCUAUCAAUGCAACCUGACCCCGAAAAACAGAAAAUAGAUGCAUGGCAUCAAAGAUCAAUAAGCCAACAGCAGAGAGAGUGUUCUGUACCUGCUUUCAACAGUAAAUGUUAGAUUUGGGAAGUUGGGCUUCUUUGUAAGCUUGACCAGAUGUUUUGGCCAGAUGUUCUGGUCAUGUGAUUGCUCUGGCAAAGGCGGGUGGUGUUAUCAAUAAGGUAGAUUAUCCGUUUCAGAUCCCAGUAUGGACCUCAACAUGAAGUUGACCUUAGCCUCGAGUAGCUCAUGUAGCUUUGAUUUAAAAAUGUCUGAAAAUAAAAGAAAAAAAGGAGGGGACAAGGCAAUCAAAGCAGUGUUUUUGUAAGUUCCAGAACAGUCUUGACAAUCUCAUUCGCAUAAACAUGUAUUAAUUACAUAGAAAUCCUUUUAAGUGCCAACACUGUGACCGUUUUAUCUAUUUCCUCUAAUGUGUUAUGUAGCUUUUCUGUAAAGGUUGAUCAAGUCACAAAGUCCCAAAUCCACACCAAAGGAAGGUAGUCUCUCCCAGAAGAAGAAAAGCCCAGUUUGUAGCCUAGGAUUUCCUCUUGUUACUUAUAGACAUCAUUCUGAAAUACCAAUAUAUGCCAGUUUGGUCCUGUUAAACUAAUGACAAUGGAUUACUCUCACUGUAAUCCCCCUGAUAGUAGGAAAAUCAUGUAGCUAACAUUACCUCACCUCUGACUGACCACCCACAGGAAAGAGCUGGGAAUAAUAAUCUUCGGUAAAUAUAAGAAAUUAUACAAACUUUAGUACCAAAUGUAAACCAGUAAACAGAUUUCAUGAAAUUCAGCAAUCUUGCUGACAAACAUAUUUUGCUAAGAGAAAAGUAUUAUGUUAAUAGUAACAUUAUUGCAAGAACACUUUGUGUACUGUGCAAUGUAGCAACUUUUUUUUUCUUUUUCCAUAACACUUAUAUUACCAGGAAGUAAAACUCUUGAGAUCAAACAUCUCUUUCUGGCUUCCUGGCUUUUUGUGAGAGUGUCCUUAUCCUAAACAGGGAGCAUAAGUCUAGCCUGGUUUUCAGUUAUGGCAAUUAUGAUAAAACCAUAGUUCUCAGACAAAAGCUGUUCAAACAUGGGGAGAACAUGCAACAGUGCUUACCACUGAAGCAUCGUGCUGACGUGCUUUUAUAGAAGACUGUUCUUGUUCUGGGUCAAGGUCCAAGCUCCUUAAUCUGGAUUUCUUUUAUGAAUAACAUAACUUUAAGGUAUAUAAGCAGUGUUCACAUAAACAUCCAGGACAUUACCAGUGAAAAGCUGACUGUCUGAAAGUUCAAAGUAAAUAGAAAAAAUAACUAUACCUGAUUAAAUUGGCUACUCUUCCUUUCAGGGUGUUCAAAUUCAUGUGCAGCCCAACAUGGCUUAGGUUGCAUAGUGGAAGUCCUCCUCUAACCCCUCAGGACCCUGCCUCAGGAUGUUAGAGCAUAACUCUGCAUUGACAGCCUGACCCCUGAGAGUGAACUCAGGGUGCACAACACACAGUUUGUCAUAAUAUCAACUAGUAUGGUAGUAGAACUCCUGAUCUGACCUUUGAGCUUCAAUUCUUCCACAUUCUUCUUUCUCACAGUUGCACUUUUUGAUUUUAGUACAUAAAGAAUAAUUUUGGUCAGCUGUAGUCUUGCCGUCUUGAGAUGCCCGAUAAUGUCAACAGAAGCCGUAUAUAUGGUAUAUAGUUUGUGAUCAUGGCACAGAUUAUGUAUCUUUGUGUACAGCAUUCACAAUCUGUGAUAAAACUGUCACCUGCUUCCUCUUCUUCUUCCUCCUCCUAGCAAACCACAAACCCCAUUGUAGCCAAACCAGGAAGAUUCAGGACUUAACCACAGAAACAAUUACAGUCUGACCAAAACCGGAUGACACGUUAACCUCAAAGGAAAAAAAAAUCACCACAGAGAGGAUACAAACUGACCUCAGCAGGACGUGAUUCAGGACUGUUAUUAAGGACUACAACUUCACCACAGUAGGACUACCACAUCACUGUUAUCUGUCUCUUCUGUCUACCUCCUCCUCAAGAACAUUAAAGGCACCUUGACUGAUUCUUAUUGGGCUCUGUUCAUGUUGGUACGACAUGAUCUGCUUCUUAACUCUCUAGAUGGUCCGGAGCUGAUCUGUCUCUUGUGGAAUCUGGUGUUUAGAUUUUGUAUUUGCAAGUGUACUCUGCUGUCUAAAUGAGUCGUGAAAUGUCUGAAUUUAUUUUAUUUGUCUAGAUUUAAUGGAAAGUUCUCAGGGUGCAGUCACACUUCUGGUUUAUAUGAACUACAGUAGACUGAACACAAAACUCACUUUGUUGCAUUUUUUUUUACAUAUGAUUAAAAGGUGGCAGUUGAAGGUUUGAAAUUCCUGUCUUCACUAAAAGCUUAAAAUGGCAAGAUGCAUUUUUAGAGAAGUAUGGAUCAGAAAAUCUGCUCUCAAGUUACACCUCCAGUCCUGAAUAUUCAGAUCUCUAAAGUUCAUAUCUAUGAGACCCCUGCCAGGACCUCCAAGAGAGUUCAGAACCAGUUUCUCUGUACUUGUAUCUGGGCAUAUUGUACCACACAUGGUGACCAGUAGGAUCCAGAACAGGAGAACUCACCUGCAGUUUAUUGGUGGCACAGGGACUCACCUUUGGAUCAUCUGGAGAGCUCUGAGGUUCUGAGUAUAACUGGGACUAAAAGGAACCGAACUGAACAAAAAGAUCAAAUCAGAACAUUCCACACAAAAAAAAUAACGUUAUUUCCAACACGUCUGUAGGCCAUUGAUAACAUGCCCUAUGAGACUUUGUGCAUAAAAACCUUUAUUACUGUUAACAAUAAUUUGUCUUAUAAAAUGAUUGGAUGGCAGAAUCCCCAGCCUUCUUAAAGUCUUAUUUUGAAAUAUUAUCUUCAUGAAUGUUGAGCAAUCUGCCAUCAGCAGACCUUUGAUAUGCUAUAUGGAUGAAAGUACUGGGCCAACCACAUAUUAGGAGCUGCUCGACCAUGGAAACCUAUGCCAUGAAGCUUCUGGUGCCUUUUUUUGCUGAUGCUAGAGGCUUACUCUCUGUAAUGUUUAAAUUUUUGUAGAGACACGCUGCAUGGCUAGGUGGUUGAUUUUAUACACCUGUGGCAAUGGAACUGAAAACACCUGAAUUUACUGAUUAGGAAGUGUGGCCCAGUACUUUUGUCCAUAUGGUGUAUCUGGAAACAGCCAAGAAUGUUAGCCAUUUCACAUGUUUUCUGGGUUGGAUCACAUAACGUUUAGAAGAUUUUCAUUAUAACACACUCUUAUUACAUUAUCACUUAUCAUUUAUCUACUCAGUAGAUAAGUGAUUUGUAAAUAAGAAAGGAGAACAUUAACCCCUGAAAUACAUAAAUGUGAUUCCAGCCAGACACUAUAAAAAGGUGGAUGUAGAUACUGUAAUGCCAUCCACUGGUUUUUGAAAUCCUGGGAAAAUUAUUUCUAAAUCCUGAGUCACGCUUGUCUACAAAUGGUUCAGCGACCUGAUUGCAACCACCUGCUGCUAGGGAAAAAGUAUGUAUUCCCCAACUGGUUAGCAAAAACGUCCUUGUGAUCGCUUUGGUCACUGGCAGAUUGCAGUGGUCAGAAUUUGGAUGAAUGUGACAGACUUGUCUACAAACAGUGGUCAGUUACCGUCCGAGCUACAGUUAAACUGAAAAAAGUGAUGCGAACCGGAACUGGAUACUAUUUGCCUUCAUGGAACAGAACUUUUACUUUAGAGGCAAACAUUCUCCCUUUCUGGUUUGCUUCAAACUUUUUCAAGUUUUACUACCCUAGCAGCCUAGCAGUUAGCAAGUAUUUGCAAACAAACAUGAAAAACUUCAGUCAACUGUGGAAUUUGGUAGCAACCAAAUUUAACAUCAGGAGGUUUUUGGUGGUGGACCUUUUUUUUUGCAACAGAUUACACCCAGUGUGCGGCACAAACAUUGAGGAACCACUACCAACUAGUUGGGAAAAAUACAUUUCCUUAGCUACCAAUACAGCAAAAUUGGUUGUAUCACAUCCAACACUGCAGACAACUCUCGAGCAAAGUGUGCAUGACGUCACAUAAGAAAUUUCAACGGGACCGUAAGUCUUUCUGCAACCCCAGCUAUCACCAUCUAGUGGCUUUCAGAUAAAUUGCAGUGUUUAGGUACCUGGGCAUUGGCUUCAUUUUUCCAACCUGAAAAUACAUCCGUGUUUUAUACUAUGGUCCUGUCUAGCUGAUCAGUGCUUUGACGAAGUGGUCUUUAGGUGAAACACAAAUACUGAACUAUAUUUUCUAACACUAUAUUUGUUGAAUUUUACCAGAAAGAAGAAAACUGAUCCUUUUGUUCCACAGACCGCAAGUCCAAAAAUUCCGAUUUAAUAAAGAGAAUCUUUAUUAAUUUUUCAUUAUUUCAAAGAGCACAUAUUUGUGUUAAUUUGUUGCAAACAAUCUGACAUCAUCAGCAUAUAGCCAUGUAGCUUUACGCUCACUGCAUCCUUCUGUUAUUCCAUAAAUAUAUGAGUGUGAUGCCAUCAUGUUUGCUUGCUAGUCAGAGCAACAGUACCUGAGAAAUCUGGCGACAGCUUCUUGUAAUAGAAACUGGCAGUAAAAUAUUUCAAAUGUUUUAUUCGGACAUUCACGUCCAUAACAGACUGCACCACUAGUAGGUCAGAAUUUCAACUUCAAAGAAAAUGUCUCGAUAAUUACUGGAUGAUUUGGUGUUAAAUUUGUACAAAGAUUCAGGUUACCCGCUUAAUGAUUCCUGUUAGUUUGUUUGAGCCCGGUUUCAGUUACUACCAUCAGUGUGUCUAAGUUUCUGCACCUGCCGAUGUGUUGGAAAUACCGAUUACUUUUAUUUUGACGUAAACCUGUCUAAUUUAUUUUUGGAGGAAAAUGUUCCGUUGCCUCAUUGUGGGAAUCAAACAUCCCCUUUUUCUCAGGUUGGCUGAGGUGUCGAAGGUGUUGAGGGGGGGUUUGAGGAAGGAAGGGGGCAUUUGUUUUGUGUGUCUGUCCUCCUCCUCAUGUAUUCUGUCUCUGUGACCUCCUCAUGCGCUGAAUUAUAAUAAAGCAUU